CGAGGGGCCGGGGCCCGCCGCUGAGCAGCUCCGCGGUGCGGGGGCGAUGUCCUCGCUCGUGAAGGAGGACCUGGCGAAGAGGCUGUUCGGGCCCCGGCGGCAGAGGCUGCAGGAGUUCAUCGAGGUGGAGGGCUCGGGCGCCGGGCGCUGCUACCUGUGCGCCGCAGUGACUAGGAGUGAGGAGGUAGAAAUCUGCCUGGUCAAACACUGGCGAGUGGAUCGAGAGGAGAAGUAUGAAAUAGCUGAAAAGUGGUUUUUGAAAGACCUGGAGAUGAUUGAUGGGAAAGAAGCAGACACUGACAACCCCUGGUUUGAUAUGCACUUCCACAAGGUCUACAGCCUGGAGGCACACAGCUGUGCAUCCAAGUACACCUUUGCUCGCACCUUAAGCAAACUGAACGCAAGGUACCUUAAGAAGGACUUGAAGAUUGUCAACUUUGAUGACACCUACCUAAAUGAUGAUUCAAUCUGGUCCUCCAACAACAGGGACUGCUUAGUGCUCAUGAGGAUAUGCUUCUAUGCUUUCAACCUUCUAUGCCUCUCCCUGUGGCCUUUGUCCUAAAGAUGCAUUUUCUACCGUGGAGGGGGAGUGGCUGACUCUCCCUGACCAGCACUUAAUAAAGCACCUGAUCAAAGGGACUGCAGGUGACAGGCACUAUCUGCUUUUAAGCUUUACAUAGAAGGAGGAAAUGGAACAUGCUUUUUACCUGAA